UGAAAACAACCAUUCGACCUUCCGAUUGCUUUUUACGGUUCAAUUUGCAGCUUUCACAAAAACGCGCGCGCACGCUCGCUCUCUUGCUGGCUUUCUCGACAAGACAACCCGCGCCAGCAAAGCUAUACAGCGCUGCAUUGUGGGAAGCCACAGCGACGGAUGUGGCUCCUUCCGCGCUGGGCUGUGAGCGCUCGCUCUGUCUGGUUUAAUGUCAAUUCUGUCAGCGCGAGACAAAGACGGGAAACGUUUUGUUUUGGUUUUUUUUUUUUUUUUUCGUGAGACCUGUAACGCCUUUUCCGUAACAUCAUCGUCAGGAGACAGUUGUUCCUUACUGUUCAUUAAUGGAAAAACUGACAGGAGGCGGAGGCUAUGGAGCCGAGGCCCCAGUGUUCCCAGGAGCCGGUGCUCGCAGACCUCUGCGGACGGGAGGAGAAGGCGUCUCCCGACAGCCCAGCACCGAAGAGCAGGACAGCAGUCCCUCAGGGUCACAUGUGGAAUGGUGUAAACAGCUGAUUGCAGCCACAAUUUCAAGUCAGAUCUCGGGGGCUGUGCAACCAGAAGUAUCCAGGGAUUACAAGGCUCUAAGAGAGAGCAAUAAGCAGGCUCAGAUGGAAGAAGCUCCACGCUUUCCUGGUGAAACGAUCAAAGGCAUAGUGAAAGAUGUUAUGUACAUUUGUCCUUUUACUGGAGCUGUUAGUGGAACCCUUACUGUUACUGAUUAUAAACUAUAUUUCAAGAGCAUUGAAAGGGAUCCACCAUUUGUCCUUGAUGUUACUCUUGGGGUGAUUAGUAGACUGGAGACUAUAUGUGUACAGAGCCAUGGAGAGAAUACAUGUGGAAUUGAGAUUGUAUGUAAGGAUAUGAGAAAUCCACGAUUUGCUUACAAACAGGAAGAGCAAAGCAAGCUGGAAAUCUUCGAAACUCUUACAAAGCAUGCAUUUCCUAUUUCUAAUGAUCUGCCUAUUUUCUCAUUUCUCUAUAAAGAAAAAUUUCCUGUUGAUGGAUGGAAAGUAUAUGAUCCUGCAACAGAAUACAAAAGGCUGGGAGUGCCAAAUGAAAGCUGGACAAUAAGUAAAGCAAAUGUCAGUUAUGAACUGUGUGACUCCUAUCCAUCUCUUCUUGUUAUCCCAACCAGUAUAAUAGAUGACGAUCUGAAAAGGGUUGCUUCAUUCAGAGCCAAACAUAGAUUCCCUGUUUUGUCAUGGAUACACCCUGAAAGCCAAGCUACUAUAAUUCGCUGUGGUCAGCCUAUGGUGGGGCCAACUGAUAAACGGUGCAAAGAAGAUGAAAAAUAUUUACAAACAGUAAUGGAUGCCAAUGCUCAGUCUCAUAAGUUAACUAUCUUAGAUGCUAGACAGAAUGCUGUAGCAUUAACAAACAAGGCAAAAGAUGGUGGUUAUGAAAAUGAGAGUUUCUACCCUAAUGCAGAGCUUAUAUUUCUAGAAAUUCCAAACAUUCAUGUGAUGCGAGAAUCUCUUCGUAAAUUAAAAGAUGCUGUUUACCCUGUUAUAGAUGAAGCCAAGUGGUUUUCCAACAUUGAUGCCACCCAUUGGUUAGAAUACAUACGGUUACUUCUAUCUGGAGCAGUACGAAUUGCAGACAAAAUUGAGUCAAGUAAAACAUCGGUGGUUAUACACUGUAGUGAUGGCUGGGACAGGACCACUCAGCUCACAUCCUUGGCAAUGCUUAUGCUAGAUAGCUACUACAGAACUAUAAAAGGAUUUGAAGUCCUCAUUGAGAAAGAAUGGGUCAGCUUUGGACAUAAGUUUGCUUUGCGAGUUGGUCAUGGAGACAGCAAUCACACAGAUUCUGAGAGAUCACCUUUGUUUGUCCAAUUCAUAGAUUGUGUCUGGCAAAUGACAAGGCAGUUUCCUUCUGCAUUUGAAUUCAAUGAACUGUUCCUUAUUACAAUUUUGGAUCAUUUGUACAGCUGUCUCUUUGGAACAUUUCUCUGCAACUCUGAACAAGAGCGAAUAAAAAAGGAGGUGCAAACAAAAACAGUAUCACUUUGGUCAUACAUAAAUAGCCAGCUUGAAGAGUUUACUAAUCCAUUCUUUGUGAACUAUGAAAAUCAUGUUCUGUACCCUAUAACCAGUCAAAGACAUCUUGAGCUGUGGGUCAGUUACUAUGUCAGGUGGAACCCACGCAUGAGACCUCAGAUGCCUAUUCACCAAAAUCUAAAGGACCUGCUAACAAUACGUUCAGAAUUACAGAGGAAAGUAGCUGAGUUACAGCGAGAGGUCAGCACUCGAUCGCCCUCCUCUUCUUCAGAUCGAGGCUCAUCGCCAUCACACUCGACUACACCGGUCCAUACUACAGUGUGAACAAGAGCACUUGGUAGUCACGCUAAAGGUGCAGAACUCUAUUGAAAAUAGGCCAUAUAUGGGGGAAAGGGUUUAUUUUAUGGAGAAUUAAGUUAUAUGUUGUAAGUAUUUUAAAGAUAGAUUUUAAAAUGGGAAUUUGUUUCUUACAUUUUAUUAAAUUUUAUGAAUGUUGGUCCACAGGAAUUUUGGCCAGCAUGUGAACAAAAAUUAUACAACAUUAAAUUUAUAAUACCCAACAAUUUUUUAAUGGGUCAAUACUGAAAGUUCAGUCAUCUUUGGUAUAUGUUACAGUUUGAUAAUUAUUCCAUUCCUUCUUCUAUUUAUAGGGAACGUUUGUGGAAAUACGGUUUUUGUUAUGUGUUUUUGCAUGACAAAACAAAGUAAUGGUCAAAAUUAUACAGAAUCUUUUUUUAGGAAUUGAUUUGUAUUCUUUAAUGUUUUUAUGUGCAAAAAUGUUCUGUGAAAUAUGCAAUAAUAGAAAUGUAAUCAUUUCAUGACCGGUUCAAAGGGGUCCAGAGAAAUGGCAGAAGUGUUGCCAAAAUGACUUGAGAUGGAAUAGCAGACUUUACUUAAGCUUAAAGGAAGUGCUGGGGCAAUGCUUGAAGUCAGAUCACAGGUGAAAUUGGGCCUGACAUAAAUGAGUAGGGGGCUGCUGAACUGGGGUUUAAAAAUGUGAACGGCAUUGUGCAUAAGUACGAUGAAAAAAACUGGAGUCUAUGUUAAACUUGCAUUCAGGUUCAGAAAAGCUGACAGGUGUGUUUGUCCAGCCCUGCUUUUGUGAACCUUUUUGGGAAAUCCAGGCAGCAUUUGCAUGUUUGUCUUUAUUAACCGGCUUUGCUUUACCGUUUUUGAGGUUUAUUAGUUCAAAAUUUCAGUCUUUUACCUUGAGCAUAUAUCUGUGGCGACUAAAGAGCUUUUAAAUGUUUAAAAUGGCUUUCCAAAUACUGUAUAUAGAUGGCCACUCAAUUUGGUACUUCUUACCAGUACUAUCCAUUUAGUAACUGCAUACAGUAGACUGUCUUUAAUGUCCACUAAUGACCAAAUCAAGGCAAGGUACCCCUUUAAGAGAUGCAAAAGAGCAAAGCAAAUAAUUGCUCCCUUCAUUUUUUGGUUCUGGAAGAAACUCUUGCAUAACCGCUUAGUUCAUUCUGAUUGAGCAAACUUUCUAUAUGCGAUUCUCACCCAAAGGCAUUCAUGAUAUGAAAUUAAGAGCAAAGUACACCCAAAGUUCUUGCACAAGUAUUGGAAAUAAGAAUCUUUUUGCUGUCAAUGCUUUGUGGGUGAGUUAAACAAUAGGAAACGAGCUAAUUAGAAAUGCUGAAGCCAAAACAGUUGUGUCCUCUUUGGUAACUGACAGUUAAUUAUAGCGUACAGUGGAACCUCUAGAUACGAGUUUAAUUCGUUCCAGCACUGAGCUUGUAUAGCGAAUUUCUCGUAUCUAGAACAAACUUCCCCAUUGAAACUAAUGGAAAUCCAGUUAAUCCGUUCCGCACCCCAAAUAUAUUAACAUAAAAAUCAAUUUUCCUAACAAAUAACACUGAUAAAUUAUAUAUACUGUAGUCUACCUUUAAUAAAUAACACUGGUAAAUAAUAUAACUGAUUAUUAAAAGAAUCAAAACAGGUGUCCAAAGUGCAGUAGAGCAUUCAAUAAAUCUUUAAAUAAAUAAUCCUUAAAACAGUUGUGAAGUGGAGGUUUAAAAUACACAAGAAUAACAAUCCUUUAACACGAGGUUAAAACGUCAAAAGGAUGCAGUCUUUAAAAAACAGACGACAAUCCCCGGUGCUUCUUCUCUGUUAGCGUCUCACCUGCGGGCUCUGCAACAGGCGAGACACUCUUAAUGCAGCUGACCUUCUCUACACCGUCCUGCUUCAGCUGUUUGGCUCGCCUGUUCAGCUCACUGUUCAGCUACACGCAAGCCUGCACUUGCUCGCUCGCUCUCCCGCACCGACUUCCUGCCUGCUUGCUUUCUCGCUCUCGCUCUCUUUUAUUUUACUUUUUCUCCCCCCUUAACCGGCUCGCGCUUCUCUAUAUAUGCGGGGAGGACAUGGCAGCUGCAGCCCAUCAGCAAAGAAACAAUCAUGGAUGUGGGCAGUUUCCCACCUGUGCACUUAAGUGAGAAACGCAGACACCGCAGAUCGCGGCUCGCAACUGCUACCACGCCCCCUCGCUAAGCCGCGAGCUAUACCCACAGCCUGGCUCGUGGCUCGUUACGCGAGCCAAUGCUCACAUUUAGAUCUGAAUUUUUCACUCAUACUUUCCUCGUAUUUUGAAUUUCUCGUAUACAGAGGUGAUCGUAUCUCGAGGUUCCACUGUAUUAACAAAAGAGUAAUUCAAGAGCGCAAUCAGAAUGGCGACAUCAAAAGAAAAGUUAGGGGUCUCACAAGAGAGGGAGUAGAGAAAACAGUGAGCAAGUAGCUCGGCCGUGGCUGGGGAUGGAGAGUCGCCACUAGCUACAUGGGGGCAGGCAUCAUUCACAAAAAGAUGGCACUUAUUACCCUGGGUGAAUGGCCUGCAGAUUUGUGCUUUUGCUGCCAGUACUUGCCAGUUAAUUUGUGUUCACUUUGGUUUAUUGUUUUGGUGGGAUUUUUAUUGAGUGCUAGAAAUUCCAAGCCCAAAUCCACAAGUGGCGAGGGUCUGUAGUAAGUAAUAUCAAUACAGCAGUCACUUUGUUUAUCUGCUCUUGCAACAUCACCUCUACCAUGGGAAGCAGAUGAAUGCUUCAGCAGAAUGGGCUGACAUCUUUUUAUGGCAUGGCUUAAAUAUGAACCCUUUUUUAAAGGAAUCCUCAAAGAUUUUGAUUUUGAAUACAAAGAUGUUUAUAACGACUAAUGUGGGGUGUCUAACUCAAUCCUGGAGGGCUGCAGCUGCUGUUGGUCACAGUGUUAAAUACUAGGCAGCUACCUCUGCUAAUAGAAUGGUCUUUUUUUGCCUUAAUUUUAAUUAAUUUGCUUUUUAAGUCUUGGGUCCCUGUAAUUGUUUUCUUCUUUCACUAACCAGCCAGCCACCAAACAAAAGUAAGAUGCAAAGUGA